GGGACAUUUGUGGCAUACAACGUUUUUCCGAAAUAGGUUGCAGUUGUCGAAAUAGAACACGUCUUCAACUAUAUCCUGCACAUACCCCAUCGAGCUACCGCCGGCACAUAUUUCAGUCGUGUUGCAUGACCAAACAGGUAAAAGGGCGGUGUGCUAAAAAAAGAAUGUGCUGCCCACACGACUAGGGCGUAUAAGGAAGUUAUGGACAUGGUUAUAAACACGGCAUUUUACUGAUCCCUUAACACUGUUCAAGGAAUCGUGGCUGCUACUUUACCUUAAAAAUGCCUGCUAAGAAAGUGUGCAUCGUUGGAUCUGGAAACUGGGGCUCUGCGAUAGCCAAAAUCGUUGGUCACAAUGCAAAGGGAUCCAACAGGUUUGACCCCAUUGUUAACAUGUGGGUGUUUGAAGAGAUGAUCGAUGGCAAAAAGUUAACAGAAAUCAUCAACACAGAGCAUGAGAACGUCAAAUACCUACCGGGUCACAAGCUUCCCAAAAAUGUGGUUGCUGUUCCAGACAUCACAGAAGCGGUGAAAGGGGCCAGCAUACUGAUCUUUGUCAUUCCACAUCAGUUCAUUGGGAGGCUAUGUGAUCAGAUGAAACCUCAUAUUGCACAGGGAACCAUUGGGAUAUCCCUCAUCAAAGGCAUCGAUGAAGGCCCUGAGGGCUUGAAGCUCAUCUCUGACAUCAUCCGGGAGAAACUGGAAAUCGAGGUUAGCGUCCUGAUGGGGGCCAACAUUGCCAACGAAGUGGCUGAUGAGAAGUUCUGUGAGACCACAAUUGGAGCGAAGAAUGAAGCAAAUGGACAUAUCUUUAAAGAGCUGCUGCAGACUCCCAACUUCAGGAUCACCGUGGUGCAGGAGAGUGACACAGUAGAACUCUGUGGGGCUCUCAAGAAUAUUGUAGCGGUGGGCGCUGGGUUCUGUGACGGUCUGGGCUUUGGGGACAACACCAAGGCUGCGGUGAUCCGGCUUGGGCUGAUGGAGAUGAUCGCCUUCACCAAGCUGUUCUGUAAGGGCCAGGUUUCCUCCGUGACCUUCCUGGAGAGCUGUGGGGUCGCCGACCUGAUCACCACCUGCUACGGGGGGCGCAACCGCAAGGUGGCCGAGGCCUUCGCCAAGACGUCCAAGUCUAUUGAAGAGCUAGAGGCUGAGAUGCUCAAUGGUCAGAAGCUCCAAGGCCCACAAACCUCCGCUGAGGUGUUCAAAAUUCUCAAGAAGAGAGACAUGAUCAGCAAGUUUCCGUUGUUUGCCUCUGUGUACCAGAUCUGCUUUGAGGGAAAAGCUGUGCAGGAGUUUAUCACAUGUCUACAGAGCCACCCUGAACAUAUGUGAUCACUCUGGAACCUGCAGCCACGGAACCUGCAGCUCCUCCAAUGGUGUAGAGUUGAAGUUGCCCCUAGAUGCUGAUCUUGUCAGUUUUGCAUUCCCCUAUGGUUAGGUUGGGAUUAGAGAGGGGAAGCUGAUCCUAGACCUGUACCUAUAGGGCAACUUCACCCCCGGAGCCACUUCCAGUAGCACCAUCAUACCAUCAGAGGGCAGCAGCGCUGCAUAAAUGCUCAUUCAUAUCAUUGUAACUACCUAAAAAUGUAACUGUAACCACUAAAUAUUCCUUAUCAUUUCAUACUAAGUCUGAAGAACCACUACUUAACGUGCUUUGUCGCAUAUUCAUAUGUUUUGUGUUUUGAUUGUGUAUCAGCUUAUCAACUAAACCAACUACACUUGACACGUGUACAGUAAUCUUUGUUGGUUACAAAAAUGUUUUCUAUUCAUUUAACAAUUUUACAAUUUGUGGAACAAAUAUUCUCAAAAUAAUAAUUUUGAGUGAAAAACAAAUGUAUUGUGACUCUUUUGUUUCACUUCAUCUUGUCACAUGGGGGCACACUUACUCUCGCUGCAUUGGGGUGGGAGGUAGCCUAGUGGUUAGCGUGUUGGACCAGUAACCGAAAGGUUGCUAGAUCGAAUCCCCGAGAUGACAAGGUAAAAAUCUGUCGUUCUUCCCUUAAACCCACUGUUCGGCCAUCAUUGUAAAUAAGACUUUGUUCUUAACUGACUUGCCGAGUUAAAUAAAAUAAAAAAGACAUUGAUGUCA